AGUUUGUUAACAUACGACUUUAUAAAGGUUUCAAUUGAUGUCAACAAGCUCAGUCGAGCUGUUUGAAGAAAUCUAUUUAUAUAUCGAUAAUAUGGUCAAUUUAUUUGGCCAGCUGUUGAACUUUCGCUGGUACAAAGGUUAAAAGGAAAAUAUUUUGAUUGAUAUUGAUUUUAAUGCUACCAAAGCCAAGUUCUCCAUCGCUAGUAUGACUAUCUCAAAUGAACACCAGUAUAGGCCCUCAGCUAGUUUAAUACUGGCAAGCAAGCAGGUGUCCCAUGUAAAGGAUCAGUUCGAUUAUAACCUACUGCUAAUAAAACGUACAGAGCGCACAGCUUAUGCACUUAAUCACUGUGUCUUUCCUGGUGGCGUAUUUGAUGCCCAAGCAGAUGAAUCCAAUGAUUGGCUGGUGUACUUUCAAGAUUGUGGUGUUACGCAGGAGCAGCUAAAUCAAUUGCACAUCCGGCAAACGACGGGAAGACCGGAGGUCAUGAACCAAGGCCUACAGUUCUCGCGUGAUAUCUCACUUCGACUAACAGCGCUCCGAGAAACCUUUGAGGAAGUAGGUCUUCUAUUGUGCCGCAAGAAUCUCAAGGAUUUGAAAGGUGGACAACCAGCACAGAUUGUGGACCAACCGUACGAUCGUAACUACUGGCAGAAGCGGGUGCACAAUGAUGCAAAACAGUUUCUUGAGCUAUGUCGACAUUUGGCUGUAAUGCCCGAUCUGUGGGCCCUUAACGAGUGGUCUAUUUGGCGUACACCAGCAUCAGCUUCGAGUCGCAAAUACGAUACGGUCUACUACUUUACUGCUUUGGAGAGCAGCAAAGUGGAUUUGUUACUCGAACCAAAUGAGGUAGAUGCGGCUUAUUGGCUACAGCCUGUCGACUGCUGGCUUCAAUCUCGAGAGGGCAUUAUUUGGUUGCCAUAUAUACUGCUCUACGAAACGGCGCGUCUGUUAAACAUCCAAAGUUGGCAGCGAUUGCUACAAUUUGCAUAUACUCGUAGCGCACUAGGAUCUACGCUGCUACAACCUAUAUAUUAUCGCACUAAUGACUGUCUCUUUGGCGUGCUCCCAGGCGAUGAGCUAUACUUGCCGGAGCCAAACAAAUGCUAUGAGUCCAUCAUAUUGCCGUCUUCCAUUAGUGAACUUAAUGCUGUAACCAAGCGCUGCAACCGUUAUAUGAUUUAUGGCUUUCAGCAUGUGGACUUUGCCUGCAAUGUGUUGCCACUUGACGGACAUUUUCCGUUGCAAGCACGUGUCAAUACUCGACUAGCCAAAUUAUGAAAA